AUGCUUGCUAUGGUGACUGCAGAUCUGCUGGUCAUGCUCAUUAAUGUCAUUUUGUUUCACAUUGUGAGCAGACUGUUCCCAUAUUCAUUCCUCUCCUACACUGUGGUUAUCAAACUCAUAUUGUACAUGAGCUGCACUAAUGUGUAUCUGUCCGUGUGGUACACAGUCUGCUUCACUUUUGACCGAUAUGUAGCUAUAUGCUGUCACAAACUUAAAACCAAGUACAGCACAGUGAGAACUGCAUCCAGGGUCAUUAUAAUUGUCUCGGUGCUGGUAUAUUUAGAGAAUAUUCCCUUUUGGUUUGCAUAUGAACAUCAACGGACAAUUAAAAAUAUUCAGUGGGGAUUCCGUCCCAGUGUGAUCUUUCUCACAUCGCCUGUAGGUGCGAUGUACUCCAGGCUGCAGAAUGUAUUAGUUACAUGGAUUCCGUUCAUUCUGAUAUUACUAUUUAACGGUUUGACUGCCAGACACAUUGUAAUCAGCAAUAUUAGCCGGAGGAGACUCCGGGCUCAGCAGGCUGAAAGUCAGACUGAUCCAGAGAUGAAAAGCCGAAGGAAAUCAAUUGUUUUACUCUUCCUGGUGUCGGGCAGUUUUAUGCUGCUGAAUAUGACAUCUGCAGUGAGUUCUUUGAUCAAUACCUUGGCUGUGCUUGACCAAAUACACUAUACCUCACCCCCAUACAUUGCCACUGAGACUGGGUAUCUACUCACUCACUUGAGUUCUUGUACAAACACGUGCAUCUAUGCAAUGACGCAAACCAGAUUCAGGGCAGAGCUGCAAAAUGUGUUGAACUCUCCUUGGACACUCUUUUUGGCAAUGGUCAACGCAUUAAAAAAAUGCCGCAAAAUUUUGGGUGCUUCCUAA